ACUUUCCCCUUGUCAUGAUCACGCGCUUACCAGUAUUUCGCAAUCCUGAUUCGCGAACAUUCGAGAUUAUAACCGGCGAACGUGUAGCAAGCUAGAACUUAUAGAAGCAGCUAUAGAACUGCCUUUAAAAUCAAGAAAAUAUAUAUCAAUCAUCUACGCAGUCCUUGAAUAUAUAUCCAGUGUCUUUUCUCUGCAAAGUACAUUUGAUGUAUGCCAAGAACCUUAUAAUAUGGCUAACUAUAUUAGAAGUUGGAUGACAUUUAUUGUCACCGCUGCCAGUAUUAUAUUCAUGGUGCCCGCCACCUGUAGCUCUCCUGUUUCACCUAGAAAUAUUUCACAGGCUGAGCAGACUGCAGAGACUAUGGACCCUGGAGAUUGUCUACCGAAUCAGUUUCUCAGCCUAAUUACUUUUACUUGCGAGAACUGUACGUUCUGUCCCCAGGGUACAGAACAUUCCCCCAACAAACAUUGUGGCAACGGAUGGGGAGUUGAAACAACCUGUACACCAUGUGCAGAAGGCUACUUUCAGAUGGGGGAAGCCUAUACAGGCCUUGUGUGCAGCCGCUGUGUGACGUGUGAUCCGACUGUCAAGUACCUUCAGAACUGUACAACUACACAGAAUGCAAGAUGCGGUCCAUGUCCAACUGGAAGAAGGUUCACCUAUCAAAAAGUUCUCAGUGUUUGGAAUAAUAGCUAUUGUUACUGUGAUAGUAAUAUGCGUCAUAUCACUGGCCUGUCUGGCAUACAAGAAAUGGAAAGCAACAGAUAAUUCAGCUUCUGAAAAUGAAUUGCCCAGUAAAACUGCCACUUUCCCAAAUGCAGCAUAUGAAGAUUUGCCCCAAAACGACAGUAUGACACCUACCAAUGAUGAAGAAAGUUCUGUGCGAUCGUCACAAAGUGAGAUACAAGGCGAAAUAGCUGAGGAAUCUGCAGCACCUGCACCUGAAGCAGAGACAACCGCCCCAACCAGUGCAAAUACACCCUUAGAUGAUGAGCAACUCCAAGGGACUAGUAAUCCUGUCAAUCAAUCAUCUGCAUCCCUAUCAACUGAAGUCCUUAACAUUGAUCUGUCAUUACCAGGAGAAUUGUCCAGUAAUGAAGGCGCAGGUGAUGGUGCAUGGUACCAUGCAAAUCAUGGCCCUAGGUCACCUGAGGACAAGGACACCUCUGAUGAUGAUGAAGAUGGUAGUAUGUCCCGUCCUAAGUCUCUCAAGUCUAAGUCACUUGAUCUUGUCUAACUAGCUUCAUGUAGCCAAAAAAAAAUGGUCCUAGGGGUGGUACUAGUAUUCUGAAACUUUUUUAUUUCUAAUAUCAAAGGGGAUUUGUAGAUCAUUAAAAAGGUAUUUUUGUAUGUUGUACUUGAACUUAGAAAGCUUAAAAAAGUCCAAAGUUAAUAGUUCAGAUGUGACAUUCAAAGUACUUCUUCAUUGCAUUUACUUGGCCUUUGGUUGAUAUGAAGUAGAUUCACAUUGAUUUAGAUUGAAAAAAUUAUUACCCCAAAGAGAAAGUUGUAGAUAACUGCUGUCAAUUUAUUUUCUUUUGCUGUAUUUGCCAAAGGAAUGAAGAAAACAAUGAAAGACAAAAGAUAUUGGUGUGAGGCUUCAUGCAAUCUUAAAAGAUAUGAAUUUCUUUUGGGGGAAAAGUUCAGCCUGAAAGUUUUCCUUGUUUUCCCAUUUUUCCCCUAGUAGCUUUUAAAAGAAAAUUAAAUUAAUGCAAGUUCAUAACUUUGAUUUUCUCUUUAGAAAUGUCAUUUGUACAAGUACUAUUAAGAGGUACAUGCAUGCUAUCCUAAGCGAGUUGCAAUGGUGCAUCUACAUGGCACAAUUAAGUGUGUGAUCUUUACAUACCUUGUUAUAACGAUUAGCAAUGAUAAAUCAUUCAAAUGUAUUUGCUUGUAUGCAAAAACUAUGCAUUCCUGCUCAAUCUUCUCUCAUGUGAGAUGAUACAUAUGUUCUAGAGAUGUAUGAGAUGUUAUUUUGCUAUAGAGCGAAUUAUAUAAAUUAAAAAAUAUAUGUAUUUUUAUGUGAUUUGUAGGAAAGGAAUAUAUCUAUUUAGCGGGUGUGUGAUAGAACCUAUUGAUAAUAUUUUUGAGUCACAAAUUUAUUUUCAAGCUACAAAUAAGUGCCAAUGAUGAAUUCCAAAGAUAUGCUUUAUACUGGGAAUGUGGAUAUUUAAAUGUAAUCAGCUGAUAAUGUAUUCCUAGUCUAUACAAGGUUGUGUAAGCCAGAUGAUUGUAAUAAACUAAUUAUAGUGUGUGCCAGUGGCCUAACAAGCAAAAACUUUUUCGGGCAGAAGAAAGAAAAAAAAGGUAUAACUUACAAAAAAGUGAGAAAAAUA